CGCGCCUGUGGUGGUUGACGGGAGGGUUUUGAUGUGACACAUGGUCGUCACUAGUAACCGCAGCCACAAAAUGACGGCUAAACCCCGCCGAUUUCUACACAUUUUUCUUAAAAUAAGAUUUUAACCCUAACCACACUGCUAACCUUAUGCUUAACCAUAAAUUAAGACCAAAAAGCUCAUUUUUGAUUUCAUGAAUUGUUACUAUAUAGACUAUUUGACUUUGCGGCUCUGGUAACUAGUAAAACAAGAUGGCUGCGCUCGCGUCCUUGAUGUUCAAGUCCAGAGCAGGUGUCCUGCUCCCUUGCCAGUCCUCUCUUGCGGACUGGGUGCGGUUCGCGUCCAAGAAGGCAGGCGGUAGCAGCAAGAACCUCGGUGGAAAGAGCCCUGGUCGCAGAUAUGGAUUCAAGAAAACAGAUGGGAACUUUGUCCAUGCUGGCAAUAUCCUAGCAACACAGAGGCUCAUGAGGUGGCAACCAGGAGCACAUGUGGGGAUUGGAACCAACAACACCCUGUAUGCCCUGGAGGACGGCAUUGUCAGGUUCACUAAGGAGGUGUAUGUUCCAGCCCCACGCAGCUCUGAGACCUUCAAGGUUAUCACCAAGCUGCCCAUGGGAACUGUACUCUACAAGACCUUCAUCAAUGUAGUGCCCAACAAACAGGAGGGCAAAUUCAAACUGGUUGGCAUGUUCUAAAGACUGAUGACUCAUUCCUAUUCCACUCUGUGGAAGUACAAACCCUACUCUUUCUAUGGACUGGGCAGUUUGGAUUUGAAAGGUUCUGUUCAACCGCGGACUCCUUUGUUGUGAAUGUUGUGGAACUGAGCCACUGCGUGUGAGGAUUCUGGAUGUUCCGAGGGAAUUCCUCAGAGCUUCCUGUGUUGCUGUGGUGACCGUUGUCAUCGAUCCUGCACUCUUGGAAAUGUGACAGGUCGAAAGUUUAUUCAACAGGCACCUUUAUGACUUGUUGUGCUGUAAGAAGACAUACCUAUGUCAUUCCAUCCAAUAAAGUUUUAUAUAUAAUCAUGA